AUGAAACUUGUGACGGCUCAAAAGGAGAUCUUAACGAUUAUCCAAGAAGUCGAACUGGGAGAGUCUAAAGAAGAUAAAAUUUGGAUCGCCGUCAGAGACUCGACGGAUGAAGACCAUCUGGACUACGGUGAUGUGAAGGUAGAAGGUUCUGAGAGUGGAAUGCAAUUGUCGUGUGAAGGCUUUACCAUCACGAGAAAGGGGCCACAAGCAUUCCUCAUAGAGCCUCCAGGGAGACUUUGCACUGCUCCUUCCCAAAGCAUCGAUAUCCGUCUGGUUCUGGCGGUUGCAUUGACCAAAUCCACCAAGACUCUUCUAGUUGGCACGGAGCAAGGUUCGCUCAAGAGAUUCGAUACAACGACAAGAAAAGAAGUUGCCAAGAUUGAAAAUGCACAUUACUCGAAUGUUACCCUCUUACGAACAUUCCCAUCCGAUAAGGUGCUUCUAUCAGUGGGCAGUGACUUUCAAAUCAAGAUUUGGGACAUUGAACUAGAAGAAGAUAAAUCAGCACGUACAUUCCGCCACCAGAAUAAGAGGAUUACUGACGUUGCUCUCAUUGGUGGUGGUAGAAACUUUAUCCUGACAUCCGAAGAUGGGUCAGCAGUACUUUGGGAGUGUGGCUCUGGCAAAGUCGUGUCUACGUUCCUACGGAUUGGCAACCACAAGGACCCAGCCCUAUGUGUGGUUGUCUGUUCCACGGAUAGCGCACUCUCUGCGUCCGACAUUCUUGCCGGUGAAUCCCAGUACGAAUGUGAAGAUAAGGUUAUGUACGUCGGUUACGGAUCAGGGAUCAUCCAGGAGUUCCGUAUCGCGAGCCAUAGCCAAACAAGCGUCAAGUUCAAGAGAAGUAAGGACUCUCCAGUCACUGCUCUAGUAUCCCCGGAUGAACACACCCUUGUGGCAGGAUAUGAGGAUGGAACCAUAGUCGUAUGGGAUAGAGAUGCACAAAGGGCUAAGCACGAAGUGUCUUUUAACCCCUCCUUCCCUAUUAGCAAUAUGACGAUUCGAGCCAGUAAUACACUAGUAUUUGACAAUGGGCCUGAGCUGCUACUCACAAUGGAUCUAAAUAGCCUUGACGUGGGGCAAUUGAUAGGCUUCACCGAAGCCUUUACGGUGCAGCUGAUAGCAGCAGUGAACAAGACCAUAGUGGUGGCCACAGGGGACGAGAUUGCAAACUACUAA